GGACUUUGUCCAUCCAGAGAUUGGACGUCGUUUUGGUAUCAGAAGGGACUGCACCGAGCCUGCUAUGAUACCACAGCUGUAUGAAGCUCAAACUGUGGCACCGCCAUCCUCAUGCGGCUGGCAUUGUGCCUUGCGGUACCUUUCCUCAGGUGUUGCUCUGCGCAGAGAGCCUAUUUGUGUGACCGCGUGGAUGCUGUCAAGAAUGGGUCUUUGACGCAAGCGGACGCAUUGACGGGUAUUCAUCUCUCUAUUGGCACUGGAGUGUGGGAUGAGCGGUUUCUGCGCUGGGACCCGCUGUUUCAGAGAUGGUCUGGAUUAGAAGUGGAGCUCCUUGACCAGCUGUCUCUGAGCGCAGGCUUUACCUACCAGCUGGUCAUCAACGACUGGUCCAACGUGACCAACUGGCGGAGAAAGCUGCGAGAAGCGGUGCUGGAGUGGGAUGUGGUUGCUCAUGCUUGGUGGUUCAUCACCCCGGUGCGGAUGUCAUUGGGGGCCUACAGCCCUUACGGCUUUCUGGACUCCAUGUUCUACACCGUGGUUGUACCCGAAGAAGUGGCCCGCUUGUCCAUGAAUGAGAUCUUCUCUUUCCUGACUCCAUUUAGCGGAGCAGUCUGGCUGUGCUUCCUUCUCUUGAUGAUUGCCACUGGUUUGAUCUUCCGCUUCCUGGAAGCCGGUCACAAUGAGGAGGACUACCCAGAUGGCCCCAGAGGAUUCUUCCACCGGGCCUACAUCUCGGACAGCAUCUUCAAGUCCAGCGGCCACAUCACCGGGGCCAGCGGCUUCGCGCCCAAGACGUGGCCGGGGAAGAUCUUGGUGACCUCAUGGACCUGGUGUAUCGUGCUGACGCUUUCGGCCUACACCGCUAACCUGGCAUCCUUCUUGGUGGUGAAGAACGAGAAUGCGGCUGGCUUCACCAGCUUGCAGUCAGCGGUAAUACAGCAGAAGACCGUCUCCGUGCAAGGGGGAACGCCAAUGGAACUCUGGUUUGAUCAGAAGUAUCCGGACUAUCCCCACGUCCAGCGCCUGGCCAUGGGCCCGGUGGACCGGGCCAGAAGACUGGUGGAUCGGACCUCGGACGCCGCCAUCUUCCCCAAGUUCGAGUUCGACAUUCUGAAGCAGCACCCAGAGAUCAACGCCGGCUGCAACUUAAAAUUCGUGGGCGAGCCGUUGCUUAAUAUCCAGGCUGGUUGGAUGGUACUCAAUGACGUGAGGGACAAGUGCACCAUCCUUGUGCGAGAUGUGCUGGCGGUCCACUUCCUAAAUUUGGACCUCACGGGGGAGCUGGCGCAGCUCACUCAGCGGCACCUGGUGCCCUUCGAUACCUGCCCCGUCGCCGUGGAGCAGGGUGUGGAAGAAGCUUCGAAGCUGGAGAUCGAGAAUAUGCUGGGCAUCCUCAGCGUCCACGCCUUCGGCGUUCUGCUGGCAGUGAUCUUUGAUAUCAUCGAUUGGUCCCGGAACCGUGUGGCCAAGAGGCUGACAAACAGCUGGACCCAGCGAGCGUCCAACUCGGAAGCGCCGAGCGCAGUUCCGGAAGAGCCUGACGUGGAAGCGGUUCCACAGGCCUACAAGAUGGAGGUGGCCAUUGCGAACACCAAGGAUGGGCCAGUUCCAGAGGAUUUCGUGGACCUGGACAACGUUGAGGGGGCGGUCAAGGAGGCCAAGACUGAGCCAAUUCCAGCGGAGACCACUUUGGAGACCGUUCUGACUGUGCCAGAGGAGACGUCGGUCCGGGCUCCACCAAGCUUGCCAAUGACGCCGCAGGUGGUGGGAGCAGCACGAGAGGACAGCGAGGUCGCGCCGAUAUGAAGAUCAUGCGGUGCCUGAAGGUUCACACAGUUUGUUUGUGUCUCCAGGCUAAUCCAGCUACAUCAGCCGGUAUGUGCUCCC